UUUCCUGUUGCCGACUCUAAACCCUUCCACAUUCCUGCAGGACUUCAGACUGCCCGGAGAGAGAGCUCUGCCUGCUGCCUUCUGCCACUGAGCAGGUUCCCAGCAUCAUGAAGGCCUGGAUCUUCUUUCUCGUUUGCCUGGCCGGAAGGGCCUUAGCAGCCCCUCAGCAGCAGGAGGCUCUGCCUGAUGAGACGGAAGUGGUAUCGGAAACCAUGGUUGAGGUCGCCGAGGUGGCUGAGGUACCUGUGGGUGCCAACCCUGUGCAGGUGGAAGUAGGUGAAUUUGAAGAAGUCGAGGAAACCGAAGAGGAGGUGGUGGUGGAAAACCCCUGCCAGAAUCACCACUGCAAACAUGGCAAGGUGUGCGAGCUGGACGAGAACAACACCCCCAUGUGUGUGUGCCAGGACCCCACCAGCUGCCCUGCCCCCAUUGGCGAGUUCGAGAAGGUUUGCAGCAACGACAACAAGACCUUCGAUUCCUCCUGCCACUUCUUUGCCACUAAGUGCACACUGGAGGGCACCAAGAAGGGCCACAAACUCCACCUGGACUACAUUGGACCUUGCAAAUACAUCCCCCCAUGCCUGGACUCUGAGCUGAGCGAAUUCCCCCUGCGCAUGCGUGACUGGCUCAAGAACGUCCUGGUCACCCUGUACGAGAGGGAUGAGGGCAACAACCUCCUGACCGAGAAGCAGAAGCUGCGAGUGAAGAAGAUCCACGAGAAUGAGAAGCGUCUGGAGGCUGGAAACCACCCCGUGGAGCUGCUGGCCCGGGACUUCGAGAAGAACUACAAUAUGUACAUCUUCCCUGUGCACUGGCAGUUCGGCCAGCUGGACCAGCACCCCAUUGAUGGGUACCUGUCCCACACUGAGCUGGCCCCGCUGCGUGCGCCCCUCAUCCCCAUGGAGCACUGCACCACCCGCUUUUUCGAGACCUGUGACCUGGAUAAUGACAAGUACAUCGCCCUGGAGGAGUGGGCCGGCUGCUUCGGCAUCAAGGAGAAGGACAUCGACAAGGAUCUGGUGAUCUAGAUCCCUGCCUGCGGCUGCAGACCCGGAUUCUGUCUCUUUGAUAUCCCCCCUCCCCGUUCCCCUCAUGUUUAAAAUGUUUGGAUGGUUUGUUGUUCUGCCUGGGGACAAGGUGCUAACAUAGAUGUAAACAAACACAUUAACGGUGCUAAACACGGAAAUUUGUAACCCGAUCACGACCCUCUUGGCUGCCCCAUGCCUGUCAAGCCUUGCUCAUCCAUUCACAGCCCCACAUUGCUCUCGGCAGCGCUGGCCUGAGUGGAAACUCCGGCUCAGGGCUGCCAUGAGCACACAGCAUUACCACCUUCAGGCUCUCUCGCUGUUAUUCUGCGUGCAGCAAACGCUCAACCAAGCAGACUUUGUGCUUGUUGUACUUCAUGGUAUGGGCUGCCUGGGGAGGCCGUCACCAGGUGAGCUGCAGGUGGCAAAGGAAAGUCACGGAAAGGUGAUGUUGGCAGGAAUGUUGCGAGGAGGCCCAGCGGUGGGAGAAGCUGUGCAGUUAACCAGCUAUAGCUGCCAGUCCUGUCCACCUGGGAGUAUUUCCACCAUGGGCUGCAGGGCUUCCGCCUUGUAAGGCACUUGGGAGACCGUGGCCUCUUAUCAGAGCCUCUGGGGAUGGUGAGGCCCUUUCAGGGGAUGGAGAAAGUUGUGAACUAGACAAAGUGGGAUUGGUGAGUUGUUUUUUUUUUUUUUUCAUAAGUAGCUUCUUCCUUGCCGUAUCCCUUUUCCCCCCUUCUAUUAAUCCAAUGAAAAUGCAACAUCAAGGGAUGGUUGGCUCUCACAGGCUGAGAACUCUUUCACCUCCAAGCAUGUCAUGAAAAAGCUGCUCCUCAUUAAUCUUGCAAACUCUAGCCACGUUGUGAAGAGUUUGACAAACCUUUCAAAAUAAACAGUAAUGACGUAGAAACUGC